CAGUUCAACAAUAUGAAAUUAUCUACCGUACCAACUCUUCGUGGACUGUACAAUACUUUCCUCAUACCAGCUGUAUUCUUGAUGCUUGGCUCAAUCCCCACAGCAGUGUUUCUUUUUGUUAAAGGCGUUCAAGAGCGCUUAGCAUUGAAUAUUGGACUGAUAGUACUUGCUGUAAGUUUUACAUAAUGCAACUUCUCUACAGCAUUAUCUUGCACAAAACACUAAAUGUCCUACAAGGAGACUAUUCGUAUG